AUGCCAUUCUUUCCCUUGGGAACUCGUCAACUUACAUUAGAAGAGAUGCAUAUAGAUAAACGUUUGGAGUGUAAACAAGUUGCAGUUGAAACUCGUGACAAAUGUGAGCUAGCUGGAAUUAUCGUUAAAGCCAUAAAUGGUGAUGAUAAUAUUACGGAUGUUUUGUUUGAUGAUCGUGAACCAAUAAUAAUUUACUUUCAAGGUAAUGCAGGAAAUAUGUUAUUCCGUAUACCAGUAUUUGCCAAAUUGAUAUUAUACUCAACAAAUAUAGUCAAAAAGUUACAAAUAGUUGCAAUAGGUUAUAGAGGUUACUGGUUCUCAACAGGAUCGCCUUCCGAAAAAGGACUUCAAAUUGAUGCUUUGUCAAUUUAUGAGUUUGUUCGCGUACUUUAUCCAAAGAAUCCAAUAUAUAUUUAUGGACAUUCAUUAGGAGGAGCAGUUGCACUAUAUCUAGCAUCAAAUGAAAAGAUCCAGAAAGAAUUGAAAGGAAUUAUAAUCGAAAAUGCGUUUACAUCCAUCAAAGAUAUGGUUACCACAAUAUAUCCACAGAAAUGGCUUCCUUAUAAAUAUUUAGUAAAUAUUCCACUCUUAAUCCGCAACAAAUGGGAUAAUUAUCAUGUGAUUCAAGGGAUCAAAAUACCCAUUUUAUUCUUGUCAUCGCGAAAUGAUGAGAUAGUACCACAAGAACAAAUGAUAGAAUUAUAUAAAAAAGCCAAAAUGAGUAAAAAGAAGGUCUGGGUAGAAUUUGAGAACGCAUUACAUGAAGAUGUUUAUUCUCAUAAAGGAUUUGUAGAAGCAAUUAAAGUUUUUAUCAAUGAGACAAUAGCAGAUCAAGGUGAUUAA